UUUAUUAAAUACAUAUAAUAAAAGACAUAGCCAAACGCGGUCUUAUCAAGCUUACCGGUUUGGUUACGCUGCUGGUUCCUCACGCAGACUCGAUUUUCGUCUUCUUCUUUCUGUAAUUAGGGUUUUUACGAGAUCAGCUUUGAAAAAGAGAAAAACUUAGUCAUUUCCAUUAAUCCCUAAUCAAAAGUUCUCUUUUUUAUCAUUUGAUUCAUUCCCAAUUUCGUCGUCUUGCUUUGGUAGAUCCGGCCUCGUAAAAUAAUCAUUCAACCUCGAAAUGGAGAGGAGAGUUGCAGAUAAGUAUAAGUUGGGUCGGAAAAUUGGCAGCGGUUCCUUCGGUGAAAUAUUUAUUGCUAACCAUGUCGAAACUAAUGAGAUCGUCGCGAUCAAAAUUGAAAAUGGAAAAACAAAACAUCCACAACUUCUCUAUGAAGCCAAGGUGUAUAGAAUUCUUCAGGGUGGAAGUGGUAUCGCGAAUACUAAAUGGUCUGGCGUAGAUGGCGAUGACAAUAUCCUUGUCCUUGAUGUUUUAGGACCAAGUCUUGAAGACCUCCUUGUGUACUGUGGAAGAAGCUUUUCACUUAAAACCAUCUUAAUGUUGGCUGAUCAGAUGAUCACUAGAAUAGAGUAUGUGCAUUCCAAAGGGUUCUUGCAUAGAGAUGUCAAACCAGAUAACUUCCUAAUGGGUCUUGGCAGGAAAGCAAAUCAGGUUUACAUUAUAGAUUUUGGUCUUGCAAAAAGAUAUCGGGAUCCCGCCUCAAACAGACACAUUCCUUACAGAGAGAAUAAAAACUUAACAGGAACUGCACGUUAUGCAAGUUGCAAUACUCAUUUGGGAAUCGAACAAAGUCGUCGGGACGAUUUGGAGUCUCUUGGUUACGUUCUUCUGUACUUCUUAAGAGGAAGCCUUCCUUGGCAAGGUCUAAAAGCUGCCACGAAAAAGCAAAAGUAUGACAAGAUACGCGAGAAGAAGGUAUCAACACCCAUUGAGGUUCUAUGUAAGUCGCAUCCCGUGGAGUUUGCAUCGUACUUCCAUUAUUGCCACUCAUUGACAUUCGAUCAGCGCCCUGAUUAUGGAUUCUUAAAGCGUCUGUUUCGCGAUUUAUUCACUCGGGAAGGAUACGAGUUUGAUUAUGUUUUUGACUGGACAAUCAUGAAGUACCAGCAAUCACAACAAGCAAAAGCGCAGUCUCAAUUAUCUCCAAUUUGUGUAGGUAGCAGUCGAGCACAGCAGAUUGGAGUAAAUAAGCAUAAAGAACCAAGAAGCUCAAGCAACAUUGCAAACCCGGAUGUUCAUACGCAUUUCAGAUCACCAACAGCCCAGAUCUCAAGUGUUGAAAAGCCGAUUGCUAAAAAUGUUGUGAGUAAUGCGCCAGUUGCUUCCACUUCAUUCGGUAACAGAAGAAACCUUCCGAAUUCAGAAGGGCCAUCUGAAAAUGCAAAAAAGAGAGAUGUUUCUUCAAGCAGCUGGUUCCCAACAUUAAACAGAAUAUCCUCUGCAAAGUAAUAGUUCUUUUCCAACUACAGAUGUGAAAUACAGUGUGCUCAUUAGCUCAAUCACUCAUUCCUCCAACAGAAGACAAGACACCUCGGUGGAUAAUGCUGGGCCAAGUAAGGACCUAACUCGGAUGUUGCUUACACUUGACCUAUCAACCCCGGAGGUUUUUUUCGUUUGUUUGUUUUCUUUUCGAGCAUUAUGUAAAAAAAAAGAAAGGGAAAAUUCAUGUGUUCAUGAUGUGUAAAGUGUCGUUCCCCCGAACAUUCUGCUGUCAUUAUUAAUAUGAUAACAGAGUUUUAAUCCUUGCUGUUGUUAAUGGGUUGUUUUGACCAUGUAUUUCAUUCAAUUCAGGAGUGAGUUGCUUUCUUCUGUGUUCUUAUUGCUGUAUCUUAUUUGGAAUCAAACAAAGCCCUUGGAUGUUCACCUCAGAAAACAAGGAAAAAGUAAACCUUGUGUUUCAGGUAUCCUCUUGCUAUAAAUUUUCUUUUGAAAUGUCUUUACAGCCAAAGACUGUAACAAAAAAAAAUGAGAUAUGCUCAUAUUAUAUCCAUUCCUUUUUCUUUCUUUCUUUCUUUCUUUCUUUCUUUCUUUUCCUUUGUUGAUCCAGAUAUUGAAAUGAGAGAAAGGGGAAUGGUUUUACAGGCUGAAUGAGGGAGCCAAAUGAAGUAUAUAUCUCUCUCUUAUCUUCUGUUUAAUUUUUCCAUUGAAGGGUUUUAUGUAAGUAAGUAAUAUUGAAAAUUUGGAUCAAGGUUUUCUAGUAAAGUUUUAAUCUUUUUCCCUUUU